UCUUGGAUUUAAAGGGGCUCGAGCGACACUUUACGUCGACGGGAGGUGUUGGGUUUCGUCGUUAUUUGUUGUGAAAUUCAAAGUUUUUGGGGGAGAAGGUGAUGCAGAAAACGCAUAUGGUCGCAUCGCAUCACAGAGGUUGUGGCUGUAGCGCCUGGGUCGGCUCUGGUGCUCUUCUUGUGGUUUAGCUCCGCCGGGGCUGAGGCAGCUGAGCCUGAGGGAGGGACCCGGACCGCCACCGCGCGCGGCAGUAAUGCGAUAUUUUACAUUCGCUUUACUAGUCUAGGCUACUCUGUCUAGUAGUGCUCGUUUCCCGCUGUAAACAUUAGUUUGUGCACACAAGUUCCCGAAAGAAGAAAAAGGAGACGCCCGUUCCCGCGGAGAACACGCACGCACAGGUUUGCUCCAGUAGAAAAUGUCCACAAUGGUCUACCCACGUGAAGAGAAGCUGGAGAAGCUAUCACAGGAGGAGAUCAUCUCCAACACCAAGCUGGUGAUCCAGGGGCUUGAAGCGCUGAAGAACGAACACAAUUCCAUUCUGCACAGCCUGCUGGAGACCAUCAAGUGCCUGAAGAAGGAUGAGGAGGCCAACUUGGUGCACGAGAAGUCCAACCUGCUACGCAAGUCUGUGGAAAUGAUUGAACUAGGGCUGGGAGAGGCACAGGUGAUGAUGGCCCUGUCCAACCACCUGAAUGCAGUGGAGUCGGAGAAGCAGAAACUGCGGGCGCAGGUCCGGCGCCUGUGCCAGGAGAACCAGUGGCUGCGGGACGAGCUGGCCAAUACGCAGCAGAAGCUGCAGAAGAGCGAGCAGAACGUGGCCCAGCUAGAGGAGGAAAAGAAGCACUUGGAGUUCAUGAACCAGCUCAAGAAAUACGACGAAGACGUCUCCCCUUCGGAGGAAAAGGAUGGAGAACCCCCCAAGGAUAAUCUAGAUGACCUGUUCCCCAAUGAGGAGGAGGAACAUGGGCAAGGAAUGCCGCACCAGCACAACAGUGCGGCUGUAGCAGCAGCCCAGCAGGGCGGGUAUGAGAUUCCAGCUCGCCUACGCACCCUUCAUAACCUGGUGAUCCAGUAUGCCUCACAGGGCCGCUAUGAGGUGGCCGUGCCACUCUGCAAGCAGGCUCUGGAGGACCUGGAGAAGACUUCUGGCCACGACCACCCAGACGUGGCCACCAUGCUCAACAUUCUGGCCCUGGUCUACAGGGACCAAAACAAGUACAAGGAGGCAGCCCAUCUGCUCAAUGAUGCCCUAUCCAUCCGUGAGAAAACCUUGGGCAAAGACCACCCAGCGGUGGCUGCCACACUGAACAACCUGGCCGUGCUGUAUGGAAAGAGGGGCAAGUACAAGGAGGCAGAGCCGCUGUGCAAGAGGGCACUGGAGAUCAGAGAAAAGGUGCUGGGCAAGGAGCAUCCAGAUGUAGCAAAGCAGUUGAACAACCUGGCACUGCUGUGCCAGAACCAAGGCAAGUACGAGGAGGUGGAGUACUACUACUGCCGUGCGCUGGAGAUCUACGAGUGCAGACUGGGUCCGGACGACCCCAACGUGGCCAAGACCAAGAACAACCUGGCCUCCUGCUACCUGAAACAGGGGAAGUACAAGGAGGCAGAGAUCCUGUACAAGGAGAUUCUGACCCGUGCUCAUGAGAAGGAGUUUGGAUCGGUUGAUGCUGAGAACAAGCCCAUCUGGAUGCAUGCUGAGGAGAGGGAGGAAAUGAGCAAGAGCAAGCACAGAGACAAUACCCCAUAUGGCGAGUACGGUGGCUGGUACAAGGCCUGCAAGGUCAACAGCCCAACUGUAAACACCACCCUGCGGAACCUGGGUGCUCUGUACCGCCGGCAGGGCAAGAUGGAGGCCGCUGACACCCUGGAGGAGUGCGCCAUGAGGUCCCGUAAGCAGAGCAACACAGGCAUUGACCCCAUCCACCAGACACGGGUGGUCGAAAUCCUGAAGGACGGUGAGGGUGACCGCCGGCGGAGCCGUGACAGCCUGGGCGGUAGUGUCAAGUAUGAGAACAGCUCUGAGGCCAGCGAGGAAGUGAGUAUGGGCAUAGACUGGAACGGGGACGGCAGCGGGGGCCUGCGACGCAGCGGCUCCCUCGGGAAGCUGCGGGACGUCCUGCGCCGGAGCAGCGAGAUGCUGGUGAAGAAACUGCAGGGCAACAUGCCGCCGGAGCCACGCAACCCCAGCAUGAAACGAGCUGCUUCGCUCAACUACUUGAACAACAACGGCGACGACUCCUUUCAGAGUGCUGGGAGGCUGAGGGAGAGCAGGGGCCUGAGCUCCAGCAACGUGGACAUCUACAGCGGGAACUGAGGGUCGGCGCCCGGCGCCCCUCACCUGAGCUCGCCCACCUGCGUCACGGUGGUGCCCAGACUGGGGGUGCAGCGCCGGUUUCGCCCACCUGCUGCUUCGCCCCUCCCGCCCAAACGGACAUUCGGCCCACGGGGACGUCCCCUCAUCCACGUCGAAUCUCGUCACCUUCCGCUCUCCCGUUCCCUGUCUUCCUGCGCCGGGGGCUCAUUGCCGGUCAGCCUCAAGGACGCAGAGCCGCGCCGUUUCCUUCCCCCAGCGACAUCGCGUUGCUUCCCGUUUGUGUUUUCCUGUGCCAAACACACACCGCCUCCUGCAUCCCCUCGCUAUCUUUUACCCUGCUGCGCUGUCCUGCGCAGUCACACACGUGAUUAGGAUGCAAAACGGUGCCGGAAGGCCUCCCGCAUGGCUCGCCGAGCACAGGUGUCGCACCGGGGGUCGAGUGACAGCGGCGUGUUCCCCCGGACAUCGUUCCUCACCCGUUGAGGCGUUUUGUCUCCUUUAAUCACUCGCACUUUUUGUAACUCUUUAGGGUUGUAUAGCCUCAUUUUUUAACUGCCAGUCAUUUGCGUCUUGUGGGUUUUUUUUUUCUUUUUUUUUUAAAAAUGAUGUACACUAAUUCUUGUUACUGUUUCCAAUGUUGAGAUUAGGAAACUUGCUCUGUAUUUUUCUCUGGUUUUGUAGCAGUGAUGAUAUUUACCAUGAAAUUGUGUGCAGACCCUCCGCUUCGGGUUUGUUUGUUUUUUUUUUUAUUUUUUUUUUAUUUUUUAAAAGUGGUUUGCGCUGCAUUGUUUAUCCACAUCGGCUGGGUUAGGUCCUUAUGCUAUAAGGUAGCUCUUUGUUGCUGAGCUUUAAGAGGUGCCAAAUUCCUAGGUUGGGGGUACUCAGGUUCGGGGGCUUGGUCAUUAAACACUAGCGUUAUUCCUACGGUGUAGCCUGGGCGAUAUUCGAAUGGCGUCUUCCGUGUUGGCGAGUUGGGCUUUUACAGUACAGUUUGGUUUUAGACAGAGCACUGGGGUGGGCAGGGUGUAGUACGCAAGAGAUGCGUUUAACUGCCAAAAUCUCGCUUUGUCGUGUUGUUAUUGACUGUGGUGUGUGUGUGUGUGUGUGUGUGUGUGUGUGUGUGUGUGUGUGUGUGUGUGUGUGUGUGUGUGUGUUUUCUCCCCAAGUUUCAUCCCGGCUACAACAUCACACACACACAUCCCCGUUAACAGAAUAACAGCAGUCAUGGCGUCUCCCUUCGGAAACUAGAGAGGUCAAAUGAGGACCUGUUAGUGUGGUGACCGCACCUGGUCAUCUGAGGUCAGGUAAAUGGCCAGCUGUGCCUAUGCCCCCCCUCCACCCACCCCGCCCCUGAGGUCAGGUACUGGAAACUGAAACACGAAAUACUGAAAUGCACAGAUUGUAGUAAAAACAUUAAAAUGUGAUUUUUGCA